AACGCGAGAACGAGAACUCGAGAAGAGAAGAGCAAACCGCACCGCGCGGCGUCUGCUCGUCCUCGCUGCUCGCAUCGCAUCGUCGCAGCCUUGCAAGAUUUCUCCCGUCGUCGUCUCUUCCUAAUCCGAUCGGCGACGCGGAUUCUUCCUAGCGAGGAAUCGAGAGGCGCCGCCGGACCCAGGACCUCCAUCCCCAUCCAUAUAUAGGCGAAGCGCAUGCAAUUGCGAGCCUAGUUGCUGCUGGUCUCAUCAUCGUCUUGUUGCGCGCGCGCGCGUUUGCCGCCUCUCUAUCUCUAAUCCCCUCGGCGGCGCGCCAAUGGAGUCAUCGCCGGCCGCGGCCAUGACACCCGCGUCCUCAUCGCGGGCCGCCAGGGACCCGCUCCUCUUCGCCCGCUUCGACCUCCCCGCCGGCUGGGGGUGCCGCAAGCCCUUGGCCUUCUGCCGGGAGGCCCGGGAGGACACGGACGACGCCCCCGUCGCGUCCGAGCCCGCCGCCACAGCCGCCCCCACCCCCACCGAGGGUGUCAAGGACAGCGACGGCACCCGAUCGCCGACGCGAGCGGCCGCAACGGUGCAGCAGGCGCCCGCGGCGGCGGAGAUUGCGCAGGAAGCUCCCCGGAAACAGUGGAACCUGCGGGAGCGGACGUCGUGGCGGGAUUAUAGUCACAGAGUGGACGAGUUGCGUGCACGGCAGGCCAGGAAGCUCGGGAGCGCGGCCGCCGGCGGCAGCCGCCGGUUGUCGCUGUCGGUGAAGCUGACUCGGCAGGAGAUCGACGCCGACUUCACCAAGAUCACCGGCAGCAAGGCGCCGCGCCGGCCCACGAAGCGGAGCAAGACCGUCCAGCGCAAAAUCGAGACGCUUUGCCCGGGGAGUUCGCUCGUGCAGGUGAACCUCGACCGGUACAAGGUGAACGAGAAAGGAGGAUUCUAAUUUCUUCAGGGUGGCGCGAGCAAGAAAGGGGGAAAAGGAAGAGGAUGAGAUGGAUUUCACAACCGAGGAGCUUGAUCGAGCAAUGGCUGCCUCCUCAUCAGUCUUGCUAAGAGGAGAUUUAGGGCAAACUAGUCCUGUUGUGCGGUAGUCGUGGAAUUGACGGUCCUGUAUGCCGAACCCUAAGGGCUGGGAUUAGAGAGUACAAAAUCCCCUUUUUAUUCAAAUUUGAAUAAAAAGGGGAUUCUGGCCCCUCCAAUCCCCUCCAGUUUUAUGACUCUCAAACUAAUUUAACAGUAUGUAAUGUUGGUUAGAUUCUUGGCUUAGUGAAUGUGGAUUGCUUACCGAUUUUCAUCCGAUU